AUGGCACAGGAGAACAAGGAAGAGGCAGAUGUUGUCAAGGAGACGAAAAACGAUGUCCAGGCGAAAAACCCGGAGAAAGCGCGGCGCGGGAGUGCAUUCAAGAUCGUCGUUCGACGGAUGCCCCCGUCCAUGACUGAGACUGAUUUUCUGAACCAGUUCUCUCCAUUACCUGAACAUGACUCUUACUAUUUCGCUGAUGCCGACGGCAGCAUGGGUGGAAAUAGUUUCUCCCGUGCCUACAUCGCGCUCCGCUCGCACCAAGACGUUCUAGAAUUCAGGGACAAGUGGGACGAUUAUGUCUGUCUGGACGAGAGGGGUCAGGAGUACCCGCUAGUCGUCGAGUUCGCACCGUUCCAGAAGAUGCCGCGCAAGAAACCGAAGAAGGCUGACAGCAAAUGCGGCACCCUCGAGAAUGAUCCUGAAUACCUUGAAUUCCUCGAAACCAUGGACCUCGAAGAGGGAAUCGAAUUGCCCUCCAUGGAAACCACAGUAGAGGAACUUGAGAGACGAGACCGUGAGCUGAGAGCGAACAAUGGAGUUCCUAACGUUCUCACACCUCUAAUUGAAUUCGUACUCGCUAAGAAAAUGGAGAAGCUCCGACUGCGAGAGGAGAAGAGGGAAGAGAAAAAGCGAAAAAGAGAGAUGGAAAGGAAGAAAUCCCGAGACGAGAAACGUAGGCCGAAGAGGGUUUUCACGGCAGCCAAGAUAAACAAAGAUGGGGUCAUCCGCGAGGAAUCCGAAGAGGAGACAUAUUACGAGCAGUCGAAACUUCUAUCAUUCGCUCUCAUCAGGACCCUUGAGGAGGAGCCGGGUUUCUCGGGCAGACAGAGACCUGGUCGAUUGUCUCAAGAAAGGGAAGACAAUAUCCGAUCUGCAAAAUAUUCAGAAGAAGAGCCGAGAGCUCCGAGGAAGUCCGCUAGAGCUCAUGAAUCCGGGGACGUCUUCGAGGAAGACAGGCCAGGACCUUCAAGCCGACGCGAGAGAAGGGGGCCGAGAAACGCUGAAAGACACAAAAAUAGCAAUUCGUUCUCGGAAUCUUCGUCGAAAGAACUUGCCAGCUCUUCGCACGAGGCCCCCGAGUCGAGACCUUCGGACGCGGUUGCUAGCAAGGCAGAACGAUCGGAGCGCAAGGACAAGCAGAGCAGGAAGGAGCGGCCGGCAGAGAAGAAACCUCGACCGGCUCGAAAAGACGAGAGGCAGCAGCCAAAGAAGGAAACGCAGCAACCGAAAGCCCAGUCCAAGCGAUACUCGGACAUCCGACCCGGCGCGCAAGAAAGACAGCACCAGGCUUCGGAUGAGAGCAAGGACUCUUCACAUCAGUCUGAGGGUGAGAAAUCUCUGAACUUGGUUCCAUCCAAGGCCCGGAAUCAUCGGCAGGACCAACGGAGUUCCAAAGUGCGGAAUAGGGACCGACCAGCCCUGGAGAUCUACCGCCCCGGCCAGCGGAAAAAACAGGACAGCUCCGAGGACCGGAGCGCGCCUGAUGCUGAAUAA